UGUGUCAGUGUACCGGAAACCACGGUAGCACUGGGAAACGAAUAAAUUCCCAGUGUACAGCCCACAAUGGACGAGAGAGAGAGAGAGAAAGAGAAAGAGCGUGUGUGUGUGUGGGGGGGAAAUUUCACAAGUGACGCGACCUCGCACCUCUCCAGAACGGACACUUACUAGAACUCUGCUUAUACCGCGCGCGCGAGCAAUUUUGAUUAUAACCGGAGGACCGAACAGUGUCUGCUUUAAAAAACUGUGAACGGUGUCUGCUGUAAAAACAAUCUCGGGGAGGAAACAAACAAAACAAAACGAAAAUUAAACUGAUUUUCAAGAACAGGAACUUUUAUCACCCAGAAGAUGUUGGAGAUCUUUUUAGUGAUGCUGUGUGGACUGACGAGCCGAGUAGUGACCAAAGAUGCAGACAAUAAAGGAAGGUUCAGCUCUCCAGUACUGAAUGUAACUGAACGACAGAUCAUCCUGGAGAAGAACCAGAUGCUGCAGCUGAACUGCAGGGGGCGAUGGGAGCUGGAGUGGGUGUACCCCACGGGUGUGAGCAAGAGCCACCCAAGUGCCCGUGUAGAAGAGACUCGUUGUGGCAAGCGGGAAAACCAGUACUGCAGCAGCCUUAUCCUCAGCCCUGCCUUAGCCCAGCAUACAGGCUCAUACCGCUGCCGCUAUUCCCACAAGCAGCACAAACACACCUCUGUCUACAUCUUCAUCACAGAUAGCCGGCAGCCCUUUGUAAAGGUGCAGAAAGAGAUCCCAGACGUGGUCUACAUGAAGGAAGGACAAGACUUAGUGUUCCCCUGCAGGGUCACUAACCCUGAAACAAAAGUCUCAUUGAUCAAAUUUCCUGACCGAAAAAUUGGCACCGAUCAGAGGAACAUCAUUUGGAAUAACAGAAAGGGCUUUGUUAUCCGAAGCCCCACGUACUUCUACAUUGGCCUUUUUUCCUGCGAAACCAUCAUCAAUGGAACAAAAUACACCAACAAGUUCUUGACUUACAGACCAGUGAAUAAGAUCCAAAAGGUAUAUCUGAACAGCACUGGCUUGGAACAGGCUCUGCAAGGCGAGCGGCUGGCCUUAAACUGUACCGUUAUAGCUGAGUUUAACUCGAGAGUGAACAUCAACUGGAGUUACCCUGGAAAGGCCAAUAGUACGGUCUCAAUCAUUCGGCGUAUAACACAGAGCAGGACCAACGUGGUGUUCUACAGCAUUCUCACUGUCCAUAAACUGCACAAGGCUGAUAAAGGAAUGUACACGUGCCAUGUAACAAGUGGACCAGCAAAGCGGGAAGUCAACACCUCAGUUAUAGUUUAUGAUAAGCCCUUCAUCAAGUUAAAGCAUAGAGAUGGUCCACUGGUACAGGUGAAUGCAGGGCAGAAAUCCUUUCGCCUGUCCCCCAAAUUACGGGCUUUCCCUGAACCUGAAGUCAUCUGGUUGAAAGAUGGGACGGUGGCGGCUGAGCAGUGUUCACGUUACCACGUAGAAGGCAAUUCCCUGGUGAUUCGAGACGUUGCAGAGGAGGAUGCAGGGAACUAUACCAUCCUCACUCAAAUCCAACAGUUUGGCCUUCGUCAGAACCUCACACUCUCACUUGUUGUGAACGUUAAGCCUCAGAUUGCAGAGAAAGCUGUGGCAGUGCGGGACACAGCGACCAUGCCACGGUCCAGCAGGCAAGUCUUCCGCUGCACCGUUCACGGCAUCCCGCCACCUCAAAUCCAAUGGCUCUGGCAUCGCUGCCCUACUAAAGGCUUAUGCGAGGAGCUGGUUUCCUCGUCCUGGACUGCAGUGAGAGAGGGGGCAGCAGUCACGUCCACCUACAAUCCCGUACUGAGCGUCACACACGUACAGGAAGUGUUGCAGGGAAAGAAUAAGACCAUUGGUAUUUUAACAGUUGGCAAGGCAUUAAUAUCUGGCGUCUAUCGCUGUGUGGCUUCCAACUCAGUGGGUACAGAUGAACUGGACAUCCGCUUCUAUGUUACAGACGUCCAAGGAGGCUUCAGCGUCUCUGGGGAGUCCGAGGAAGGGCCAAGAGAGGGCAGAGACUAUCACCUGUCCUGUGUAGCCAAUAAACACCUGUAUUCCAACAUGUCAUGGCACAGAGUGACAGGCAGCUCAGCAGGUAUGGUGGAGGGUCCACCUCUGGUUGGAGAGCUGACGGAGGGAGAAUACUCGCUCACUCUGCGCUUGACGUUGACGAACCUGACAGCGCAAGACUCUGGGACUUACCGCUGCUCUGCCACACACCUGGUCACGAUGCAGGACUCCCAUCAGGAUAUACUCGUGACAGUUGCAGUUCUGGAGGCUCCAGUGUUGCUGCAGAACCUCAGCGAUUGCAGUGUGAACAUCAGCAACUCGGUGACUCUACAGUGCCCCGCCAGUGGAGUGCCACGACCUCUCGUCACGUGGUACAAGGACCGGAGGAAGCUCAAGCAGGUGUCUGGCAUCAUGCUGGAGCCGGAAGAUGGCACUCUCCACAUUGACCGCAUCGCUGUUGAGGACGAGGGCUUGUAUACAUGUCAGGCCACCAACGAGAGAGGAUCUGUGGAGAGCUCGGCUUACGUUUCAGUCGAAAAUUCUGAGUCUUUCUCUCUGGAGAUCCCCACAUUAGCCUGCACUUGUGUGGUGGCCACUCUCUUCUGGCUGCUCCUAACGCUGCUCAUUCGCAAGCUCAGACAGCCAAAUUCAGCAAAUGGCAAGACAGAAUACCUGCCAAUCAUCCUGCACCAGGGGGAGGGGCCUCUAGAUGAACACUGCGAUAGGCUACAGUAUGAUGCCGAAAAGUGGGAGUUCCCACAGGAGCGUCUUCAGCUGGAAAAGCCACUGGGACGAGGGGCAUUUGGCAAAGUGAUGCAGGCGUCCGCUUUUGGCAUCGGCAACUCAACCGGCUGCACCACCGUGGCUGUCAAAAUGCUCAAAGAGGGAGCCACGCCAAGCGAGCACAAAGCACUAAUGACAGAGCUGAAAAUCCUCAACCAUAUCGGACAUCACCUCAACGUAGUUAAUCUCCUUGGUGCCUGCACCAGACCAGGAGGGCCUCUCAUGGUCAUAGUGGAAUACUGCAAGUAUGGAAACUUGUCCUCAUACCUAAGGAGCAAGAGGGACGUGUUCAUGCUGAACAGGGUGAAUGGAGAAGAGGAAAGGGGACAGCAGGAUGAGUGUAAGAGCUGUGUGGAGAACCAGAGCAGUCAGAAAGUCAGCUCUGAGAUAGAGGGUGAGAGAAGAGAGGAAAAUGAGGAAGACAAUGGUUCUGUCUCGUGCUCGAACACUCCUCUACACUUAGAGGACCUGAUUUCCUACAGCUUCCAGGUGGCCAGAGGCAUGGAGUUCCUUGCCUCACGCAAGUGUAUACACCGAGACCUUGCUGCCCGAAACAUCCUGCUAUCUGACAACAACGUGGUGAAAAUCUGUGACUUUGGGCUGGCCCGAGACCUUUACAAAGAUCCUGAUUAUGUGCGCAAAGGAGAUGCUCGCUUACCGCUGAAAUGGAUGUCUCCGGAAUCGAUCUUCGACAAGGUCUUCACCACUCAGAGUGAUGUGUGGUCUUACGGUGUUCUGCUCUGGGAAAUCUUCUCACUUGGGGCGUCCCCGUAUCCAGGACUCAACAUUGAUGAGGAGUUUUGCCACAGACUGAAACAGGGAACUCGAAUGCGUGCCCCAGAAUACAGCACCCCUGAAAUCUACAACACUAUGCUGGUGUGCUGGGAGAGAAACCCGUCAGACAGACCCACCUUCACUGAGCUGGUUGGAACGCUAGGAGACCUUCUCCAGGCUCGUGUGCAACAGGAUGGGAAGGAUUACAUCCCCUUGAACACGUUUUUGUCAGGAGAGAGUGGUGCAGAGUAUCUGGAUUACAGAGACACACAGCAAGGAAACCCGAGCUACAUCAAUACCAGAAUCGAUACUGUCUCCACGUUUGAAGAGGACCUGAACAGAGAAGUCCCAGAAGAUUCCCAGUCUGACAGUGGCAUGGUUCUCCCAUCUGAAGAGUUCAUCCAGCUGAAAUGGACUGACAAGUUCAAAACUAAAAACAUAACCAGGUUCUUCUUGAAAAGCCAGCACCAGGAGAGAAUGUUAGCCAGUUCAGCACUCCGCUGUGUGAGCGGCGUCCCCUGUGGCUGCGGAGAGAACGACGACACUGCCGUCCCCUGUGGUGCACCUCCUCCUGACUACAACACUGCUUUGCUCUACCCUUCUCUUUAACACACACACACUCCUAAAUAUAUGACUGGGCAUUCAAUUAGUGAGUUUAUAGACACGUUUAUAACUGGGGGUUUUUAACAGGAUGAAACAUUCUGAACUGAACAUUCUGAAAGAACACAUUUUUCAUAAUACUUCACUGUUGAAUGCUUUUGCACAAAUUAUUUUUAAAAAAUAAUGCAGCUCUUGGACUCAUUUGCUUUAAACAAUUUAAUGAUUAUCCUCAUAUC